AUGAAUAGUUCUUGGAUGUACCGUUGCUGUGUUAGCAAAUCAGCUGCACAAGCUAAAGCUGGAAAAUUCAACUUGCCAAUCGUGGCCAGGGCCAACAGAUGGAAGCUUGGCCACGACGCCAUCCGGUACGACCUGGACGCUAUCAUGUCUGCCCUGGAGACCGCCAAUGCCACCCUGGUGGUCCGAGGCCGGGCCCUGCCGGGAUGGCAGGUUGAGGCGCUCCGCUCCACGGUGAGGAGCUUCUACCUGGGGCUGCACAUGCACCUCGCACACAAACGAACCGUCCUGUUCCCUAUGCUGUCCGCCCGCCUGGUGCUGCCCUCCAAGAUGUUGGACUAUGACGAGGCCACCCUGAUGGCCCUCCUGGACCGGGUGCGGGGACUGUGCGAGGGACUGGACAUCACGGCCUCGCCGACAGCAAAGGCAGCUGUACGGGAGCUCUACGCGGGGUUUUUCGUGCUCCGUACGCUGCUACGGCAGCAGAUGGAGCGCGAGGAGGUGUUGGGGCUGCCGCUGCUGCGGAUGCACUUCACGGCGCGGGAGGCUGCGGCGGCGGAGCGGAAGCUCAUCUCCCAGAUGAGACCCGCAGACCUGGCCUGGCUGCUGAGACCGCUGGCAGAAGCGGAGAAGAAGGAGACGCUCACGCGAGUGGGUGUUCCCGGGCUGUUUCAAAAGCUGGUGCUGCUGCCCGCGCUUCGCCGCGCGGACCGAGCGGUGCUGCGGACGCAUAGGGAGCUGGCGUCCGGAGAGAAGCUAGGACGGGUUGGUUCGGGGUUGUGGAGGGAUGGAGACCGUUUUGGUAAUGUUGGUGGUGGUAUCCAAAGCCAGGCGCAACCGCGCGCUGCCAAGGCCCAAGUCCAAGCCUUGGAUCAGGCUCUUCCAUGCGCUGCCCUUGAAAUUAAGUGGCGCAGGAGAAGGCCUGGGCAUCUGGACUGAACAGCGCUCAAAUUUGUCGAAGAUGCAGGCGCGCACACAGGCACGUGUGGUGUGAUAUGAAGAAUGCGGCAAGAUGGGACAAAGGGGGUGGGGGGAAAGCUCGCGUAGAUUAAGAGCACGCAUAAGAAGCGCAUGGAGGCAGGUUUGCUCGCACGCAUUCAUGCACGUGACAGCGACAUCACUACCUCCAGGGGGGUCCCGUGUUGUCAUUGAGUACUAGGGUUUGUAGGCCGUAGUACACAGCGCUGCCGAGAUGAAAGUCAAGGUGUACGACGGGCAUCGCGUGUGGUACUGCGGGGCAUCCGGGGCCGUUGGUGGCUUUAGUUCGUGUGUUGUCCUUGCUGUUGUCCUUGCUGCCGCUGCCGCGGCUGCGCAACGUCCAACGUGCUUCUGGGCCGGCAGGUUGCCUCCUGUCCCCAGCCGGCGGCCCUCUUGGCUUGUACUUAUUGGGUGUAGGUCGGAUUAUGCGGCUGCUGCUGCGGCGGCGGCGGCCAACACGGCCAAAGUGCGCAUGCUUGUGGUGGUAAAAUCAGAGCGGACGCUCGGACUUUACUUUUACUGUGCCAACUGAUCAACGGAUUUGGCUGUGGCUGUGUUGGGCGAAAUUUCGCAGCCGGCCAGCCAGGCAGGGUUUCGGUUUUGAAGAUAUUGAAACGGACUGCGGCGUAUGUUCCGCGCCGGGGUGCAUACUUGGAGGUCUCAAGGAAGGCGGGUGCGACGGCGCGGGCUCCCCCCAGGGAAGGCCUACAAGUGCGGUGGUUUACUUGAGCCCCGAGAUCAGAUUCUUGGAGUUUAUUAUAUAGGGUGCGGUGGUUU